AUGCCGUGCGGUGCACGCAUGCCCUACAGUAGCUUAUCCCCCCCUCCUACCCUCACCUGCAUUGGUGUGCAGGUGGGAAAGCUGGAAGGGGAGGAGGGUGGAACGGCUUGGACGACGGGUAUUGCGGAGGUCCAGCUGCCCAUCGACUACAAGCUGAGCAACAUUGAGGCCACAGAGGAGGCCAAGCGCAUGCUGCAGGAAAGAAGACCGUUCAUGAACCGCCCACGCCCGCCGUCCACAACGCUGCCAGCCAGCUACAGUGCAGAUUUCUUCCAGCGCGGUCGUGAAUAUGCGGAGAAGCUUAAAAGGG